AUGGCAAGGGCCUGGCUUGCGUUGCUGCUGAUGACAGCGGUACCCAUGCUCGGUGUUGCGCAGCCUCCACCACCGGCUCCACCAAUGCCGAUGCCCAGCUUAACUGACCCGAACGUUGUAGUCGUCACGACUGGUCAGGAGCUGGCAGACGCAUUAGCAAAUCCUUUGAAGACCUUCGCCUGGCUUGUGUCCAAGGUUGAAGUGAACGAAUCAGACUUUCCGUCGACAGUCAUAGCAAGGUCUACGAACCUUACGAUAAGUGGAACUCCUGGACCGCAAACAUCCUGGCCACUUCUGGAACUCAACUUUGUUAAGGGCAAGAUCCGGUUGGAAAACAACACAGCUCUGAUCUUUCAGUAUGUCGUGGUUCACGACUUCCGGCAGACACCUCUGGGACAGUCGCCCGGCUUCGACAUUGUGGCAACCUCCACGAGCGAGGCAGGGGCGCUCGUCAUUAUGCAGGAUGCGAUCCUCAUGCUGCGCAUCUGUGUCCCCAAGAACAUGCAGGCCGAAAUCAUGUCGUCAAUCGUCCGGCCGAGCAACCUGCCAGGGAAGCAACUUGCCUACAAUACCACGCAGGUCGGCUGUAUCAACUCCAACAGCAGCACCGUGCCGCCCAUUUCCCGCUGCUGGCCCGACGUGGGCAUGUAUGCGGACGUGGCGGUGGGGGGCUUUGACAUUGAUGCAUUUGGACGAGCCACGACGACGCGGUACUCGCUGUACAUGCUGCGUGUGCCGUACCUCUGCGAGCGGCAGAUGACCGAUGAAUGCGUCACCCAGCUGGGCCCGCUGGGCUGCUACCUGUCCUUGUUUCCGCGCACCCCCACGUCGGCCACGUCGGGCACGCCGGGCACCUCGCCCUCACCGUUUUUCGGGCCCCCCGUGGUGAAAGUGGAGAAGAAGAGCCCCGGAACGCUGACGGGUGUAGUGGCCGGAGUAGUCGCAGGUGUGGUGGUAUUGGGCGUUAUAACGCUGGCGAUGCUGUUGGUAGUGCGGUUUCGCCGUCGCCGCGCAGCGGAGCAGCGGAAAGCGGCAUACGAGGAAAGCAAGAGGGCGGCCGCAAGCGCUCCUGAGGGUAACGGCGGCGAUGCCACUGGCGACGGUGAUGAUAAGGGCGACGGCAAGUCCACCACGGUCUGCAAGCAGCUGCCUCCAGGCCAAGCCAACACUGGCACCUCGCGCGCCAGCACCAGCGUGUGCAGCCCGGCGUCCACCUCCACGGCGUUGGCCAACAAGCUGCCGCCCAGCACUGGGGCGACCAGCUCCGUGCAGCAGCAGCCCAGCACCGGCCGUAACAUCAUCCUGCCCAGUGGGGUCGGCACGUGCGUGCUGAGCAGCACAGAUUUGGACUCGAGCAGUCCGCUGGUGAUUGUGACCCCCUUCACUCCGCACCGCUCCGACCUGAAGCUGGAUGUGCAGUGCGACACGGAGGUCAAGCUGCUGCCCAUCAUCCGCGGCAAGGGCUCCUACGGCCGUGUCGUGGAGGGGUUGUACGGCGGGCAGCGCGUGGCGGUGAAGCUGGUGGUGGAUGUGGACGAGUGGAGCGGGCCCUCGGACUCGCUAGUGAACAGUUUUGCGCAGGAGGUGGAGGUGCUGGGUCGCUGCCAGCACCCCAAUGUGGUGCGGCUGCUGGCGGCGUGUCUGAAACCCCCGCGGCUGUGUCUGGUGAUGGAGCUGAUGGACACCUCCCUGGAGCGGAUGGUGCAUGCCAAGUCGGGGGACCUGAUGCCACUGCCCACGGUGUUGCACAUAGCCGCCGACAUUGCGCGCGGACUGGCGUACCUGCACCCCACCAUUGUGCACCGUGACCUGAAGCCGGGCAAUGUGCUGCUGUCCAACACGGAUUCACCCAGGCCCAUUGCGAAAUUGACGGACUUUGGUCUGUCCCGGCUGCGCAGCACCGUGCUGGUCACCCGGCACCCCGAGGCGGGCACGCCCGCUUACAUGGCACCUGAGGCAUUUGACGCCAGCAACUACGUAAUCACGCACAAGGCGGAUAUCUACGCGUUGGGUGUCAUUCUUUGGGAGAUGCUCACCGGCAGUGUCCCUUGGGAGGGUUGCAGCAUGGUGGCCAUUGCCUACUCCAUCACGGUGCGCCACCACCGCCUGCCGCUGAGCAAGCUGGAUGCAGCCCGGUGCCCGCCCAAACUGAGGAAGCUGAUCCACCAGUGUUGGGACCCCGAUCCGCAGCGGCGCCCAGCAGCGGCAGAGCUGGCGAAGCAGCUCACCCUGGUGCUGCAGCUCGUCCAAGGCGAAUGCGAGGCGCCCUCCAGCAACUGCUCUCAGCGCUCAAACGCCAACAUCAGUGUCGGCGCAGAGAACUCCCGACUACCGCACUCUGCAGGGGCCGGGUCAGCGGGCAGCAGCAUUAAUGACCGACAUCGCCCCAUGGUAGCAGCAGCCGCAGCCGGAGGGGCCCCGGGCGCCGCCGCAGGGUCGGGAGGGGCUGGGGGCUCUAGCAGCGCCAAGGCAGGGUACGGUUACCCCGGCAGCGAUAAGUUGGGGAGGGGAGCGUCGGGGGCUCCUUCGGGGAGCGCCGCCAGCGACGGGGCGGGGCGGGUGGUGGUUCCCACGGACAGCACCUCGCAGCUUUCGUUGGGCCAGGAUGAUCCUGGCUCCUGUCAGGGGGCAUCUCGGGGCAAGGAGAGGGUUGGCGGUAGCAGUGGUGAGGUGAAGGAGCAGGGCGGGAGUGCGGCGGUGGCUGCCGCGGCAGUUUGGGAUAUGUCUCCUGCGGCCCAGCGACAUACUCUCUAA